CAACAUUAUACCGGAUUUUAUACAGUCGGCGAUUUAUGGUCUGAUAGUCAACUCGGGUUGCAACUUCUCUUUUCACAAACUACCUUGCAUCUGAUCAUCCAACAAGCCAAGGUGGUCUAGCUUUGUCUUCAGCUGCACGACCUUCCUAAUAUUUCGCAGCCCUCAGAGACACACCAUCACCCAUAUCACCACCCACAUCAUCGCUAACAUAAGACUCACAUCUCUACUCUCACACGUUGCGACGCAAAAUUAUCACCGUUCUUUGCCCUUGCUCGCAUACGGGUUCAUUUUUUGUGCGUGCAUGCCUUAUGAGCUCCGGCUGCAAAGAUGACAUUGCCAUCAGAGCCAACUCAAUUCGCGUUAACCUGGUCGACCUGCCACUUCAGACAAGCCGAGUCAUCCAAGGGAAGCUCCAAUGGUGGCUCUGAUUGUGACCCUUUUCAUUUGGACAGAUAUCGCGGCUAUUUUCAAGCUCAAGAGCAAGACCAACCGAAAGCUCCCACUCAAGAAGUGUUGCUAGAGCAUGAGCCAGAAGUCCAACAGAUGACGCCAGAAGCUAAGAAAUCUGUCAAAUCGUUUCUGAGCAGCGAGUCUGGUGGGUCAGAUCCUUUCUACCUGGAGAAAUACCGACGACACUUUUGCAGCAAUCCGCGACACCUAGCCAGCAAGAUGCCUUCAUUCUCUAUUUACAAGAUCAACAAUGAGGUCGCCGAUGAAGGUGUCCGCUGCAACACUGCUCAAGCAAAUGGCAUCAUGAACAGUCAGCGAGUAGUCUUGCCUAUAAAUAUUCCCGUUCAACAGACCGGCACUCGAGCUAUCACUCACAACGAGGAGCAACGCGCUGGUGAAGCUGACGUGAACCGAUAUGCUGCAUCACCUUCUGUUCAUAACAAUAACGACAAUGAGAACAACCAUGAGGUUGGUCGCAUCAAUAUUGAGCAAGGUGGUGAGGGCGCAAGCCGCGAAGCUUUGGCUGAGCCUGAGAUCUUCCCAAUGGACAAGAGUGAAACUCCUACAAUCCGUCACCUUGUAACCCAGUCUGGGGGUCGCAACCGCACAUACACCGACCACAAUUCACCCAUGAGGCGCAGCAACAGUUCUGCCAAUAAUUGGCCCAGCUCGGGUCUUGGUGAGCCUCUGGAGCCUCUCAACCCUCUCGGCGCUCUCGAGCCUAUAUUGCCCCCUAUACUCCCUCCUACGCCCGAUCAUAGAUUGAGCCUGUACUACCUGGAGCAGUGGCUUGAAGCCUCGGCGAGCCAGGCGGAGGAAUCAUAG